AUGGAGCGGGUGUCUCUGGAAAGGUUGGGACCAUCUGUGAAGAUGGAAGCGGAGGUCUCUGAGGAGGAAGGGUCUCCCUUGGAGGAAGAGCAGAAGGCGCAGGCCCAGGAGCGUGUCCAAGAGGCCCUCUCACACAGCAGUGAAGAGACGGUGCUGAGUCUUUGUGGAGGAGAGGAAACGGCUGCUGCCCCUGCAGUCCAGAAUGCCCCUGUCCAGAGUACAGUCUUGACUGGGACAGUCUCUGAUGAGGAAACCUGCUUUUUCUUUGAGGGUCCUUUUUCCUUCGAGGAGGUGGCUGUGUUUUUCAUCGAGGCUGAGUGGGCCCUGCUGGAUCCAGACCAAAGAGAUCUCUACAGGGAAGUCAUGCUGGAGAACUAUGGGAACGUGGCCUCUCUGGGAGAUGUUGAGGAGUCAGUUGGGAAAUUUCAGGGAUUGUCACAGGAAAAAGCCAGGAAUGAAAAGGCUGAAGGAAAUUUCGAGAAUAGAGAUGGGCCAGAGAAGCAGGAAGGAAACUGUGGGGGCUUCAGUGAAAUCCCACCCCAUAGCCAUCACCAGCGGACUCAUUCAGGAAGAUUCAGUCAGAGUGGCCAUCUUAAAAGACAUCAAAGAAUUCACACAGGGGAGAGACCUUUUGAAUGUUCAGAGUGUGGAAAGAAAUUCAGUCAGAGCAGCCAUCUGCAACAGCAUCUUCGAACCCACACAGGGCAGAAACCUUUUGAAUGCUCAGAGUACGGAAAGAGAUUCAAUCUGAGUUCCGACCUUCGAAAGCAUCGAAGAUCUCACACAGGGGAAAAGCCUUUUGAAUGUUCAAAGUGUGGAAAGAGAUUUAGUCAGAGUGGUGAUCUUCAACAGCAUCUAAGAACCCACACAGGGGAGAAACCAUAUGAAUGCUUGGAGUGUGGAAAAAGGUACAGACUCAGUGAACAUCUUCGACGACAUCAAAGAGCCCACACAGGGGAGAAACCUUUUGAAUGCUCAGAGUGUGGAAAGAGGUUCAGUCUGGAUUCAGACCUUCGAAAGCAUCGAAGAACCCACACAGGGGAGAGGCCCUUUGAAUGCUCAGACUAUGGAAAGAGAUUCAAGUGUGGAAAGAGAUACAGUUGGAGUGGCACUCUUCAAAAUCAUCAAAAAACCCAUACAGGGGAGAAACCUUUUGAAUGCUCAAAGUGUCGAAAGAGAUUCAGUCAGAAUGGUAAUCUUCAACUGCACCAAAGAACUCACACCGGGGAGAAACCUUUUGAAUGCUCAGAGUGUGGAAAGAGAUUUAGUCAGAAUGGUAAUCUUCAACUGCACCAAAGAACUCACACAGGGGAGAAACCUUUUGAAUGCUCAGAGUGUGGAAAGAGAUUUAGUCAGAAUGGUAAUCUUCAACUGCACCAAAGAACUCACACAGGGGAGAAACCUUUUGAAUGCUCAGAGUGUGGAAAGAGAUUCAGUACGAGUGGCAGUUUUCAAAAGCAUCAAAGAACCCACACCGGGGAGAAACCAUUUGAAUGCUCAGAGUGUGGAAAGAGAUUCAGUACGAGUGGCAGUUUUCAACAGCAUCACAGAACCCACACAGGUGAGAAACCUUUUGAAUGCCCAGAGUGUGGAAAGAGAUUCAGUAAGAGUGGUGGCCUUCAGUAUCAUCAAAGAACCCACACGGGGGAAAAACCUUAUGAAUGCUCAAAUUGUGGAAAGAGAUUCAGUAGGAAUAACAAUCUUCAACAGCAUCAGAGAACCCACACAGGGGAGAAGCCUUUCGAAUGCUCAGAGUGUGGAAAGAGAUUCAGUGGGAGUGGUAGUCUUCAAAAGCAUCAAAGAACCCACACCGGGGAGAAACCUUAUGAAUGCUCAGAGUGUGGAAAGAGAUUUAGUCAGAAUGGUAAUCUUCAUCUGCACCAAAGAACUCACACAGGGGAGAAACCUUUUGAAUGCUUAGAGUGUGGAAAGAGAUUCAGUACGAGUGGCAGUCUUCAAAAGCAUCAAAGAAUCCACACUGGGGAGAAACCAUUUGAAUGCUCAGAGUGUGGAAGGAGAUUCAGUGAGAGGGGGACUCUUCACCAGCAUCACAGAACCCACACAGGUGAGAAACCUUUUGAAUGCCCAGAGUGUGGAAAGAGAUUCAGUAAGAGUGGUGGUCUUCAAUAUCAUCAAAGAACCCACACGGGGGAGAAACCUUACAAAUGCUCAAAUUGUGGAAAGAGGUUCAGUAGGAAUAACAAUCUUCAACAACAUCAGAGAACCCACACAGGGGAGAAACCUUUUGAAUGCUCCGAGUGUGGAAAGAGAUUCAGUGGGAGUGACAGUCUUCAAAAGCAUCAAAGAACCCACACUGGGGAGAAACCUUAUGAAUGCUCAGAGUGUGGAAAGAGAUUCAGUGAGAGGGGAACUCUUCAACAACAUCAGAGAACCCACACAGGUGAGAAACCUUUUGAAUGCCUAGAGUGUGGAAAGAGAUUCACUGUGAGUUCCAGUCUUCGAAAGCACCAAAGAACCCACACAGGGGAAAAGCUUUUUUGA